AUGUGUGAUACCUUCGUCAGAUGGAGUCAGAUGGAUGCAAAGGUGGUUCAAAAGGGUUGUUAUAUCCUAUGGAACGUUUGGGUUGAAAGGAACAGGAGAGUCUUUGAGCAUACAAGUCAGCCUGCUACUGUGGUGGGCCAGGGAAUUAUGAGACAAGUUGAAGAUUUUAACAACUAUGUUGUGAAGAUUUAUGGAGGAAUGCGCUCCCCCCGUCCUCUGAGCCCAAGCCGAUGGUAUGCCCCUCCAGUUGGCGCUAUUAAAUUGAACAUAGAUGCAAGUUUGGCUGAGGAAGGAUGGGUGGGACUUGGAGUGAUAGCCCGCGACUCGGAAGGUAAGGUGUGUUUUGCUGCAACCAGACGUGUGCGUGCCUACUGGCCUCCCGAGGUAGUUGAAUGCAAGGCCAUUUACAUGGCAACCCACUUGGCCCAAGCUCAUGGGUAUGGGGAUGUGAUUUUUGAAUCCGACUCUCUGGUAGCAACGAAGAGGGAUGGGAAUAUUGUUGCCCAUAACCAUGCUAGAGUUGUGCCUUUUGGUGUUGAACAAUGUUGGGAGCAUCACUGUCCUAGUUCUGUAACACCCUAUUUUGCUUCUGAUUUAUGGUACAGUGGUCAAGUAAGAAAACCAAAUGAGAUGCAGAGGCUUAUUCUAACCACUUUUGUUGGGAUAAUGUUUGGGUUCUUUUUAGGGGUAUCAUUUCCUUCACACCCUCUCGCAGAGAAGAUGAACCUUGAAGCCCCUCUUUUGCCUCCAAUAGAUCUGACUUACAUAGAAGAUAAGUACUCGGGGCUUUCGACCCAAGCCUUGUUGAAUGCCUGGUCUACAUUGAAAGGCAGAAGGGUUGGCCCAUCCAAGGGUCAAGCAUUAAAUGACACUAAGGUUUGGGUACCAACAAAUCCACGAGGAAGUGAACGAUUACCCCCUAGAAUUGUUGUAUCAGAGACUGAUUUCUACAGACGCAGACUUUGGGGCUUGCCUGAGGAGGACCUCAGUAGCAAACCUAACUACCUAGUCGCAUUCACAGUUGGGUAUGAUCAACGAUACGAUAUCGAUGCAUGUGUAAAGAAGUUCUCAGACAACUUUACAAUUGUUCUCUUUCAUUAUGAUGGGCGGACAAGUGAAUGGGAUGAGUUUGAGUGGUCCAAGCAAGCUAUCCAUGUCAGUGCACUUAAACAGACUAAAUGGUGGUAUGCUAAACGAUUCCUACAUCCGAACGUGGUAGCUGCCUAUGAUUACAUAUUCAUAUGGGAUGAAGACCUUGGGGUUGAAAACUUCGAUGCUGAAGAAUACCUUAAAUUAGUUAAGAAGCAUGGAUUGGAGAUUUCACAGCCUGGUUUAGAGCCAAAUAGUGGACUAACAUGGCAAAUGACCAAGCGGAGAGAGAAUAGCGAGUUUCAUAAAUUCACUGAAGAAAAGCCUGGUUGGUGCCCUAAUCCUGUGCUUCCACCAUGUGCUGCGUUCAUUGAAAUUAUGGCACCAGUAUUCUCAAGAAAUGCAUGGCGCUGUGUUUGGCACAUGAUUCAGAAUGACUUGGUGCAUGGCUGGGGUCUUGAUUUUGCAUUGAGGAUGUGCGUUGAGCCAGCACAUGAAAAGAUUGGGGUUAUAGAUUCACAAUGGAUAGUUCAUCAAUCAGUACCAUCACUUGUGAACCAGGGUGUAGCUGAGGAUGGGAAGGCACCAUGGGAAGGGGUAAGAGAAAGGUGCAGGAAAGAAUGGAGUAUGUUCCAAGAUCGGAUGGCGGAUGCUGAACAAGUCUACUUCAAGUCAUUGGGAUUUAGUAUCAAUAACACAGCUCGUUAUCCCACUCAAAUGUAGAGGUCCAAACGAACUCCUAAAUAAAAGGAUGGUUUGAGUAUAACAACAAUGCUCAUUAUUGCCAAGGCGUUUUUAUACAUGGUAAAUAAGAAAAAGGAACCCUGCAUUGCAUUGCAUGCAAUUUAUCGUGAAAUCCUUGGGACCCAACAUAAUAACUGUAUGUAUUGAUUAUUUUUCGAAAACAUUUGA